UCUCUUCCUCUCAUCAAUGCAUUUUCUCACUUCCAUCGCGUGCCCUCGUCGGCUCUAGACUCUCCGAUCACUUCUCCGGCGAACUCCUUCUCUCUCUCCGGCGACAUCUUCGUUCUACUGGUGAUGACUAAGUUUUAUUGGAUUUUAUUCUUGUCAUAAUUCCUUGAACGGGGUCUAUCGGAAACGUCUGCUCUACCUUCAUAGCAGAGGUAAGGUGUUUGAAAUUUGUGAAGGGUUGCAUUCUGUUGAAUUGUGAAGAUAUUGAAAUUACAAUGAAUCAGCGUACCACAAUCGAUUUAGACCAGGGAUGGCAAUUCAUGCAAAGGGGCAUUACAAAGCUGAAAAACAUUCUAGAAGGGCUGCCAGAGCCACAAUUUAGCUCAGAGGACUAUAUGAUGCUGUACACGACAAUUUACAAUAUGUGUACUCAGAAGCCUCCACAUGAUUACUCUCAACAGCUAUAUGACAAAUAUCGUGAAUCUUUUGAAGAAUAUAUCACAGCAACGGUAUUGCCUUCUCUGAGAGAAAAACAUGACGAGUUCAUGUUGCGAGAGCUAGUAAAAAGGUGGUCGAACCAUAAGGUUAUGGUCAGAUGGUUAUCACGUUUCUUCCAUUAUCUUGACCGCUAUUUCAUUGCCCGGAGAUCUCUGCCAGGGCUUAAUGAAGUUGGACUAACUUGCUUCCGCGAUCUGGUCUACCAAGAGUUGAAUGGCAAAGUCAGGGAUGCUGUCAUAUCUCUGAUUGAUCAAGAGCGUGAGGGAGAGCAAAUUGAUAGAGCUCUACUGAAGAAUGUGCUAGACAUAUUUGUUGAAAUUGGAAUGGGCCAAAUGGAUUAUUAUGAGAACGAUUUUGAAGCUGCAAUGCUCAAGGACACGGCGGCUUAUUAUUCUCGCAAAGCUUCUAACUGGAUCCUUGAAGAUUCAUGUCCAGAUUAUAUGCUGAAAGCCGAGGAGUGCCUGAAACGGGAGAAGGAUAGGGUCUCUCAUUAUCUCCAUUCAAGUAGUGAGACAAAGUUGCUAGAGAAAGUACAACAUGAGUUGUUGUCUGUGUAUGCCACUCAACUUCUUGAGAAGGAGCACUCUGGAUGCCAUGCAUUACUAAGAGAUGAUAAGGUCGAAGAUUUAUCAAGGAUGUAUAGGCUCUUUUCUAAGAUUCCUCGAGGCUUAGACCCUGUGGCUAGUAUAUUUAAGCAGCAUGUUACCGCUGAAGGUACAGCUUUGGUAAAACAGGCUGAAGAUGCUGCUAGCAACAAAAAGGCAGAGAAGAGAGAUGUGGUUGGUUUGCAGGAACAGUUUCAGGUUUUUGUUCGGAAAGUGAUUGAGCUUCAUGAUAAAUAUUUGGCAUAUGUGAAUAACUGUUUCCAAAACCACACACUUUUUCACAAGGCACUUAAAGAAGCUUUUGAAGUCUUCUGCAACAAGGGUGUUGCUGGUAGCUCAAGUGCUGAACUUCUUGCCACAUUCUGCGACAACAUUCUCAAAAAAGGUGGGAGUGAGAAAUUGAGUGAUGAAGCCAUUGAAGAGACGCUGGAGAAGGUUGUAAAGCUGCUAGCAUAUAUUAGUGAUAAGGACUUGUUUGCAGAAUUCUAUAGGAAAAAGCUAGCCCGGCGGUUGUUAUUUGAUAAGAGUGCCAAUGAUGAACAUGAGAGAAGUAUCCUGACAAAGUUGAAGCAGCAGUGUGGGGGCCAGUUCACAUCAAAGAUGGAAGGAAUGGUCACUGAUUUGACAUUGGCAAGAGAAAAUCAAGCUAGCUUUGAGGAGUAUUUGAGCAACAAUCCAGCAGCCAAUCCUGGAAUUGACUUGACGGUGACUGUCUUGACUACUGGCUUCUGGCCCAGCUACAAGUCUUUUGAUCUCAACCUCCCAGCAGAGAUGGUUAGGUGCGUUGAAGUAUUCAAGGAGUUCUAUCAAACAAAAACGAAGCACAGGAAACUGACGUGGAUAUACUCUUUGGGCACUUGCAACAUAAAUGGAAAAUUUGAGCCAAAGACUAUUGAGCUCGUUGUCACUACUUAUCAGGCUUCUGCUCUGUUGCUAUUUAAUGCAUCAGAUAGAUUGAGUUAUCAGGAAAUCAUGACGCAACUAAACCUAUCAGAUGAUGAUGUUGUUCGGCUUCUUCAUUCUCUUUCAUGUGCGAAAUAUAAGAUUCUAUUCAAGGAGCCAAGCACCAAAACGAUUUCUCCAACUGAUGUCUUUGAGUUCAACUCAAGGUUCGCUGACAAAAUGAGGAGGAUCAAGAUACCUCUCCCGCCUGUGGAUGAGAAGAAAAAGGUAAUUGAAGAUGUUGACAAGGAUAGGCGGUAUGCUAUAGAUGCUUCAAUUGUGCGUAUUAUGAAGAGUCGUAAAGUAUUGGGCUACCAGCAACUAGUCAUGGAGUGUGUUGAGCAGUUGGGACGCAUGUUCAAGCCUGACGUCAAAGCUAUCAAGAAGAGAAUUGAAGAUUUGAUAACUAGAGAUUACCUAGAGAGAGACAAAGAUAACCCGAACUUGUUCAAAUACUUGGCAUGAUUUGCACAGAUCAUAGUGAAAUGAGUGAUGUUUGUAUGCACUUCUGCAGUCGACAUGGGAGGAGAAACAUCCCGUCCAAGUUGAAGUCGAACUUCUGUAAAUCCUGCCUCCCUGGACAUUUGAUUGCGUUGCAUCAGGAGCUUGAAACUUUUUGUACAAUAUGGCUAAGAUCGCAGCAAGAGGUAAAGAUCACCUCAGAUACUUGAGAUGAGAUUGCCUAGCUUCUUCCAAUCUUUUAUGGCCCUUUUGCUUGCUCUAUUCUGUGUUUUCUAUGCAUCUUGAGUUUGAGUAAAUGUAAUAUUCCAGCGAACGACUUCCCCUCCUUGGAUUCAGCACAAUGGUAAUUUCUUUUUAGAUCAUGCUCUGCGGUUUCUUUCUCUGUUUCUUUGUAGAUUGUGACUUGACCUUAGUCCUUAUGGAGCUUUCGUUUCAACCUUGUGCAA